GUGGGACUUCAGACCGUCCGAAGCAGCGAUGAUGAAGGUGAUCGAGGCUCUCAGCGGUGAUCUCACCAUCCCCGAAAACUUCAGCCAGACGGUUUCUCUGUACGACCCCAACAGGCCCAAUAACCACCUCCCCCCCAGCUGCAGCUCCAACCCUCAGACCACCGAGCUCUGCGCCACGCUGGGCCUCACCGACCUCUACGCACACGUGUGCCAGGGAGGAGACGAGGAGGGGGGGAGGAUGAUGCAGGCGGGGGAUGAAGACGAUGAUGAGGAAGGAAGUGGGGACGAACCCAGCGAGUAUCCGACCGACACUUCGGGAAUGUCGAGUUCUAUAAACCCCGAUGAAAUCACGAUAGAGGACGAGUGGGAGGAAGAGGAGGGAGAGGAGAAAGAGGUUGUAAUGGGGGAAGGAAAGGGUGAGGAAGAGGGGGUUGUAAAGGGAGAUAAGCCUCCAGUAGGGGGAGUCAAUACCCCGAGUCGAAUGGUUCUCCCCCUUCCCAAAUCCUCACCCUCUCUUUCCAACAUAAUGGAUUUACCUCCUCCCUCACACUCGACACCAGCAGAGCGUCACUCUCAAUCUGCAGCGGACAGGGAGGAACACUGUGAUGAAGACGAAGGUGAUGGUGAUGAUGGAGAUGUGUCAGCAAUGCGUGUCCUCAAACGUAGCAGCGAUGAGAUCGAGACGCCCGGCAGUAAAAGCACGACUCCCAAAAUUAAACGCAGAAAUCAGGUCAUCUACACGGCAGUGGACGAUGAGGAAGGGGAAGAUUAGAGGGUCAAAUGUCGUUCCUACAACUCGUCAGGGUGUACAGUCUCCAUUAUUGUUAGUUCGAUAAAGUUAGUAUUCAUACUGUCUGCUUUUCUAUUCAGCUUCUACUGAUGUGGAUUUGUUAAAAUGCCCUGUACACGACAAAAGAGAAUUUUUUUAUCUGGAUUUGGUUUCUAAAGCAAUACCCAUACAAAUGCUUUCUCUUUGUUAAAAUAGGAUUUUUAUAUAUUUUUAAUCAAACAAAUGAAUUUUUAGAUUUGUGUUUUUUUGUACGUGUAAUUUUCAAGACGACAGAAGUGAGUAAAAAGGCUGGAACAUUUAAAUAUCAUUGUCUUUUGAAAUGAAUUUCAUACACUAUUGUACAGUCACUUUGCAACACUUUCAAAAGGAAUUAAAUAAAUGUGGAUUUUGA